AUGGCGUCUUACGAAGUCGAGCACAACGUCCCCAAACCCUCCACUACGGAGCCUUCUCACCCUCCUCGCCGUCCUGACCUUUCCACCUUCUUCUCCACUCUCCAACACGUCGAUACCACUGACGUAUCAAACGGCAACGCAUUGCCAGUACCCGGUGAUGUCUCUGCCGCCUUCAGAACGCUGGCCGAGGCAUUCGAGAGAAUGAGACCGGAUCGGAGUGGGGAAGGGCCUUUGGAUGGCAUGAUAGAGCUUUUGGUUGCGAACUCACAGGCGCCGCCGAAGGAAGUGAAGGGGGUUAGUCAAGGGUUUUUGGAUGAGCUCGAGCGAGUGCCGAACAAGCUUCUGAAGCCGUCAAUGGACUGCCCAAUUUGCGGCAAUCCUUUCUUAGAUGAUGAGUAUCCUCUCGUCGUGCGUCUCCCAUGCAACAGAAACCACAUGUUCGAUCUGGAAUGCAUAGCACCCUGGUUGAAGUUGCACGCUACAUGUCCCCUGGACAGGAAAGAUCUGGUAAAGGAGAAAGAGCCUCCUCCACCACCCAAGGACGAGGAAGAAGAUGGGGAGUGGGACGACAUGUAUGCAUGA